AUGGAAGAAUCAUGGAAGACAGCAUCGGAGAAACAAAUUUUAAUCGAGGAUUCCAAUGUUUCCGAUUGGCUUUUGACCGAGAUCCUCCAACGACUACCUCUUAAACGCAUUUUCAUGUCCAAAUGCGUCUCCAAGAGAUGGCACUCUCUCAUUUCCGACCCCUUUUUUGCUCGUCUUUACAUCACCAGAAUCAACAAUUCCUCCUCCUUAUCCACGUCUCGCCCUUGGAACCUUCUUUUCCGAUACUUGUACGAAGUCCGAAUCGUUCCGUCGAGCAUGAUCGGCACCCGCAUUGCCUUGAAACAAUCCCACGAUUUCUCAUCUCCGGGCUUUUCUUUGAACUUUAUGCCUAGUUCAAGACAUGAUUGCCCCAUGAAGAUCCUAGCAUCGAGUAAUGGCUUAUUGUUAUGUUCCGAAAGCUUUUACUGGCAGAAAAUUUACUACAUCUGCAAUCCACUUAUUCAGCAAUGGAUUGGUCUCCCUAAACCACCUAGAGUGAUAAAAUCAGUCGCCAUUGGUUUCAUUAGCAAAGAUGAUUGCUACAAAUUGGUUCGUUUUCCGACAGCUGACGAUGGGUCGUACCCAUUCUACGCUGUACAAUUAGAAACUUUCUCUUCCAAGGCCGGCGAAUGGCAUUGUUCAAUGGUGAACUGUCCUUUAUUCGACUAUUAUAUAAAGACGGAUUCCCUUGUUGUGAAUUACAAUGGAAUUUUACAUUGGCUCGAGUUUCGCCAUAGAAAGAUCAUUACAUUCGAUCCCGAAAACGAAACCGAUGUCCGACUCGAUUUUAUGAACCUGCCUGAUAAUAAGCAGAGCGACCAUCUUUGCCUCCUGGGGGUGACUCGCGGUCGUUUCCGAUACUUCGAGGUGACUGAUACUUGUUUAGGAGCGCGCUACGUUUGCGUGUGGGAGGUCUCGGAUUACGAUGCUCGACAAUGGUGUUUGGAGUAUAGGGUCAAGUUCUCUGAUUCUUGGAGUGGUGAAGUCGACUUAUUUAUUCCGAAAGAUAAAUUCUAUGUCUUCCCUUUGGCUCUCCACCCUCUUAAUUCUGAUGUUGUCUACUUGGGCUAUGGAAGUUUCUUGGUUUCCUAUAACCUUACAACCAGGAAGAUGGAAGUGGUUCACCGGAACUUUUACUCUCAUCAAUUGCUGCCUUUUGUGCUCUCGCCGUGGCCGACGACAAUUCCUCCACCGUUUUGGUAA